AUGCCAUGCAUUCCACAGUUACUUCAUUACGAUCCUCUAGGGGAUUUACUCGGGCCGUCUUUCUUGAUACGUCAUCAUAUCCCGGGCACAACCCUGGACAACAUAGAAGCUCAGCUCACAAGCCAGGAGCAGAAAGCUAUUGGCAGAAGCCUAGGGCUUCUGGCGAAACGAAUCGCACAGUACAACUCGGACGCGUUUGGGAGCUUAGGGCAGGUGGCUAAAGCGGCAGGGAGAAAGUCCUGGAGGGAAGCCUUUCUCGUACUCUUUGAGGGUAUUCUUCACGAUGCGGAAGAUGUCUUCAUUAACCUUCCUUAUGGAGAAAUCAGACAUCAAGUUGGUCGGAUAUCGCCCGCACUGGAUGAGAUUUUGACACCACGACUGGUAGUAAUCGACUUUGGUCAGCCGUCGCAGGUGCUCGUGGACCCGGAGAGCAAGCGACUAUGCGGGAUUUCGGGCUUCGGUACAGCUGUCUGGGGGGAUGUUUACAUGGCAAAAAUCUUUGAGAAUCCCUCAUCUCAUGUGGUGGAUGGUUUUGGAUCUUGUUAUUCCAAAACUCAGCCGGGGAGAACUCGACAGCUUCUGUACUCAUGCUAUCGCUGUGUACACCGCAUUGUCUUACAAUACUACCGAAAGAAUCCAGACACAGCUGCGGAGGCCGAAGCAAGGAGACAGUUGAUGACGACUUUGGCGAAAAUGGCGACAGUAUGA